AUGACAGGGCGCAUACACCCGUGUUCAAGAUGUUUAAUCGAAAAAUGUAUAAUUUCAAAAGUAGAUGAUGAUCCUAGGGAUGAAAUAAUAAACACUAUAAACGUUUCACAAGUAAAAGAAAAAUCCAAAAGAUUGCAACAACUGAUAUUAAAAAAGAGAAAAGAGUAUUGGUCAAGUUUGGCAACGAAGAAAUGUGUACAAACGCCUACGACUACAAAUCCAAUAUUUUACAAGUGA